AUGUCGUGUUGUUCAACAAAAGAUGAUAUAUUAAAAGCGAUGCAAGUGAAACAAGAUAUGUUAAUUAACUUUAAUCAUUUAUUAUUAGAUCGUAUUCGUCAUCUAGAAGAAACUAUUAAGGGUAUGGUAGAAAUUCAAGCAAAAUUAAACAAUUUAACUAAUAAUAAUGAUUAUAUUGUACAACAACAAGAAUUAAAAAUACCACAAACAUUUACUGGAAAAAAAUUAACAAAACGUAGUAGUUCUACAUCGGAUUUUUUUCUUCAAACUAAACUAUUGUCACCAUCACCAAUCUAUUCCUAUAACAAGAGUAUUCGAUCAUGUCCGUCAAGUGUUGAUGGAAACGCUUCUAAAAGUGAUAAUAAAUUUAAUCGUAGUGCUCUAUCAACAGAUAAUUUAAAUAUGAUUAAAGAUUCAAAAUUAUUGAAAAAAUUGACAAAAAAAUUGAAUAUAAAAUCAUCAUCAUCAAAGAAAAUAGAAUCUGAACAAAUAUUAAGUGUUUGUAAUUGUGUUUCAUUACCUGUUUCUAUUUCAUCAACGCCAGCUACCAUUUCCACAGUGAAAAAACUCGGUUCAGCAUCAUUAUAUUCAAGUACAAAUGAAAUUAAUUCUCCAACAUCACAACGUUUAGAAACUAGACGUUUUGCAAGAGAUGUGGAUGAUAAUGAAGUUCGAGCAUUUAAAGCCAUGGUCUAUAUGGAACAAGCAAGAAAAGAACAUGGAAAAGAAUUUAAAAAUAGUCCAUUAUGUAUAUUACGAAAAGCAUUCCGCCCAAAAAAGAAAGAAUCAAUAACGACAAAUACCUAUGAUUUUUUAAAAAAAUUAGAUGAUUAA